AUGCCUCCUCCACCUCCUCCUCCCAAGAGUGUCCUAGGCCGCCACCGUCUCCUAGCCCCCUCGGCGUCGGUGCGUGUCAGCCCACUGUCACUGGGCGGCAUGAGUCUGGGCGACAACUGGAAGGGCAUGAUGGGUGAAUGUACAAAGGAGCAGGCAUUCGAACUCCUGGACGCCUACUACGACCUGGGAGGUAAUUUUAUCGACACCGCCAACAUGUACCAAUUUGGACAGAGCGAAGAGUGGAUCGGCGAGUGGCUGCAGAAGACAGGCCGACGGUCCGAGAUCGUGCUCGCAACCAAGUACACGCUGAGCCCGAUCUUCGGCAAGCCCGUGCAGCAGAGCAACUACGGUGGCACGGGCACCAAGAGCAUGCGCGUGGCUAUUGACGACAGCUUAAAGCGUCUUCAGGUCGAUUAUAUUGACCUGUACUAUGUUCAUGCGUGGGACUUUGCCACCUCCAUCCCUGAGCUGAUGCAAUCACUCAAUACCCUCGUGCAGCAGGGCAAGAUCCUAUAUCUGGGGAUCAGCGACACGCCUGCUUGGGUCGUUACCAAGGCUAAUGCUUAUGCGCGCGAGCAUGGUCUCCGUCCUUUCUCCGUCUAUCAGGGUCGGUAUUCGGCUAUGAUGCGUGAUCUCGAGCGUGAUAUCAUCCCCAUGGCUCGGGAUGAGGGCAUGGCUAUUCACCCGUGGGGUGUGCUCGGCAGUGGAUACUUCCGCUCACCUGAUGCCGCCCCCAAGGAAGGUGGUCGUCAAACGCCUCAUGUCAAGACGGGCCGUGAAGAACAGGUGUCGGCCGCCUUGGAUGCUGUCGCCAAGCGCCAUCAAGUCCCCAUUACGUCCGUUGCGCUCACCUAUGCACUGCAGAAGGCUCCGUAUAUCUUCCCCAUGGUUGGCGGAAACAAAGUCUCUCAACUCAAGGCCAAUGUGGAGGCGUUGAGCCUGGAGCUCACUUCCGAGGAUGUGGCAGAGGUUGACAAGGGCUACGACUUUGAUCUCGGCUUCCCACACAACUUCCUCAACAUGGCUGGCUUUAUGCCCCAGGGUCCACAGCACGUGUCCUUCCUUGCGGGCUUGGGUCAUUUCGAUUAUGUCGAGGCUACGACUGCAAUCAGGCCUUGGAAGUAA